AUGACAGUAAAACCCGAAUUUAUAUUCAAUGAAAAUGUUCAAUAUAAUCAAAUAAAGUGUAAUACUAAAACUAUUGAAUCUUUGAAACUAUCAUCAUAUCAAUAUAUUAAAUUGUUUAUUUCAGAUAAACAUUGUUUAAUAGUUGAAGUUAUACCAGAUGUAACCAUUGAAGACAACACCAUAUUAUUAUCAAAUCAAAUAAUUAAUAAAAUUGGUAAUAAAAAUCAAAUAAAUAGAUAUAGUUUUAAUUUUGAACCAAUAGAAAUUAUAUCAAAUAAUAAUAAUAAUAAAAAUAAAAAUAAUGUCACAAUUACAAUAAAAAAUAUUAAUAGCCCAUAUAAUGGAAAGAUUUUAAAUAAUUCAAUAAAAAGAUUCUUUUCAUAUAAGCCAAUUAUUAAAGAUUGUGAAUAUUUAUGUCCUAUGGUCGGUAAUAUGUGCAUAUUUAGGGUUGUAGAUAUUAAAAGAAAUAAUAAUAAUAGUAAUAAUAAUAAUAAUAAUUAUGGUGAUAAUGAUAGUUCCUUUGAACAUAUUCAAGAAUUUUUAGAAAAUAAUAAUAAUAUUAAUGAAAUUAUUAUAAUGGAUGAUAAUACCCCAGAAAAUAAAGAGUUGAAUAUAGAGUUAAUCGAUAUAAAAGAACAAGUUGAACAAUUAUCAGAAUUUUUAAAAUUAAAAUUUAAUACCUCAUUUAGUAACAACAACAACAAAUAUAGCAAUCAAUUGAAUUUCUUAAAAUCAAAAGGUAUUUUAAUUGAUGGACCAGAAGGCACAAGCAAAUUACAAUUAAUAGAAUAUAUAGCUCAACAAUAUAACUACAAAUAUUUAAAUUUAAAUGAAUUAGUUAAUGGUGGUAGUGGUGGUGGUGGUGGUGAACAGUUAAACUCAAAAGAACCAAUGAUUUACAUAUUAAAUAAUUUAGAUUCAAUUGUUGGUAAAAUCAGUGAUAAUGAGAAUAGUUACCAAAAGAAAGUUAUUCAAAGAUUAACAAAUUUCAUUGAUCAUAUAAAGUCUAAUGAAAUUAUUUUAUCAACAUGUACAUCAGUUGAAAAUAUUGACCAAUCAAUAACACGUGCUGGUAGAAUUGAUAAAUUUAUACAUUUAACAAUUCCAACACAAUCUAAAAGAAUGUUAAUCCUUUCAAACCUUUUAAAGAAUACACCAUUACAAUAUGACACCAAUAAUAAUAAUGAUGAUAUUGAUCAGUGUAAAAUAAAAGAUAAAGAACAAUUUAUAGUUGAAUUAAGUAAAAUUACACCAGGUUUCCUUUUUAAAGAUUUAACAAAAUUAUGUAGAACUGUAUCAUUAUUAACAGUUUCAAGUUUUGAAGAAGAAGAAGAAGAAGAAAAUGAAAAUGAAAAAGAAAUUAAAAUUUCAUUUAAAAUAUUUAAAGAGGCAUUAAAAUUUAUUAAACCAUCAACGUUAAUAAAUUUUGAUGUUACAGUUCAAAAUGUUAAAUGGGAUAGAAUUGGAGGUUAUAAACAAGUUAAAGAAAGAUUUAGACAAUUAAUUGAAUGGCCAUUAAAAUAUCAAGAUACAUUCAAGAGAUUAUCAUUGAAUAAUUCAUCAGGAUUAUUAUUACAUGGUCCAUCUGGUUGUGGUAAAAGUUUAAUGGUUAAAGCAAUUGCAACAGAGAUGAGUAUAAAUUUCAUAUCGAUUAAGGGUUCAGAUAUCUAUUCUAAAUGGUUAGGUGAAAGUGAAAGAAUCAUAAGAGAUUUAUUCAAGUCUGCUAGAUUAUCGUCACCGUGUAUCAUGUUUUUCGAUGAAAUCGAUUCAUUGACACUCUCAAGAGGCAGUGGUGACGAUAAUGAGGAUGGCGGUACAUCCAAACGUAUCCUUAGUCAAUUGUUGAAUGAAAUGGAUGGUAUCCAAGUAAAGAGUCAAAUAUUCUUAAUUGGUUGUACAAAUUCAAUUCAGUCAAUCGAUAGUGCUCUAUUGAGACCUGGUAGAUUCGAAUCAUUAAUUCAUAUAGAUUUACCAAGUCUUGAUGAUCGUUUAGAUAUUUUAAAUGUACUAUCAACAAAUUCUUUAAAUUUCAAUAAAGAUGAAAUCACCCAACAAGUAUGGUUAGAUAUCGCUACUCAAACCAGUGGUUUCACAGGUUCACAAUUAUAUGAUCUUUGUAAUCAAGCUGGUAUCAUUCAAUUAGAAACUGACAUCGUCAACUCUCAAUCAAUUUCAAAACAAUCCUUAUAUGAAAGUUUAAAUAAACUUAAAAAUUAA